AUGUUGUCGAGCUUGCUUUUCGCACUUCUUUGCGGCCUGGCUGCUGGCCAGGAAGAAGGGUCAACUGCCACGAGCAUCUCGCUCGGUUCCUAUGCUACUAGCGAGGGCGCUUGUCGUACCUCCGUAUCCCCAGAGGCGUGGUCGGACACUCAUACGGGUCCUCUCACUACCCUUUGUGAUGGGAUUCCGCGAGCCGUGGGUCCUCGUGAAACAGCCACGCAAUAUUACCCCGGAACUGGUCCCUGCGAAACGGGAUAUACAACCUACACUAAUACGGAGACCCUUUAUCGAGAGCCGUCCCCAGUUCCAGACUGCGCUCUCGAAACAAGUGAUUGUAUCCCAAUCUGGCAAACGUAUUCUAGCCUGUCAAGCUCCUGGCGCGACUCAAUCAUCACCUCUGUGCCUGGUGAUACUAAUAGCCCUAUUCGCCCUGAGGACUGUCCCCAGACUAUUCGCGAGUACCCAGAAGAGAACCCCUGCUCAAAUUGUCACUUCCUUCCAGCCACCGCGACCCUCUUCUACUGGCCCAUCUCUACGGCCGAUGGCGAUCUCUGUCUGCAGAACGGAACGACUGUCCCGGCCUCAGGUCUGAGCACAGCUGUAGUUAAUGGCGCCACUUUUACCUCCCCUUCAAUCUACGUAUCUUUUACAUCCAUCUACGCCUGGAGCAACCGGCGUGCUCACGCAGGAUUCCAAUGCGGCGUCGAUCACAGCGAUGUGGUUAUCUCGGUCAACCCAGAAACCGUCUCCUCCAUGCGCGGCCAUCGGAAUGCCAAAUACCCGACUAUUGGAACAGCAUAUCCAUUCAAUUUUGCCGAGUUCAUGCCACAAAAGAUUGGGAAUUAUACACAGCCGUUGAUCCCAUGGCCACAGUUCCGCGGCGGCCAGCAGUGCCCGUUGGCGGAUAGCAAUACCUGCAGUAUCAUACGUGACGAUUAUAGUCCUUGGCUACUGCUCCCGGAGGAGAUCCGCGGAGUAGACCCCAGCUGGACAGUAUGUGAUAACGAUUGGUAUAUUCCGCCCGUGACGAUGGUUGCACUUGAUAGUGCGACGAUCACAGUCACAUCGACGCCUGAACCAACCGCCGAGGUAUUUGCGGCGGCAGUAGCCAAGAACGCAGUGGCAGCGUCGACGCCGCAGGCCACCACAAGAGGAUGGUAA